AUGGCUACCUACACUUUCACCUUCCUGUGUGCCUUGUUCCUCUUUGCUGCUCUUCAGCUGCCUCCCGGUGCCAACGUAACUAGCAGCCGUGGCUCCUCCUCUGGUUCUGGCUCUUCCUCUUCCUCCUCCUCAGACGCUAAUGAGAUUGUGAACAAACAUAAUGAGCUGAGGAGAGGUGUUCGGCCUACUGCUAGCAACAUGUUGAAAAUGUCCUGGAGCAAUGAGGCUGCAGCCAAUGCUCGGAAAUGGGCAAAUAGCUGCGCCAUGGACCACAGUCCUAAAAGUUCCAGAAAGAUCAGCACUAGUGGCUGUGGAGAAAACCUGUACAUGUCCAGCUGGAAGAACAGCUGGAGCAACGCCAUCCAGUCCUGGUAUGAUGAGGUGAACGACUUCAGAUACGGAGUGGGAUCUGUGAACGGAAAAGAUAUCGGACACUACACACAGGUGGUUUGGUACAGGUCUAACGUGGUUGGCUGUGCCAUGAAGUACUGCCGCAGCGCCAGAAUGUACUUCUACGUCUGCCAGUACUGCCCACCUGGUAAUUCUGGCCAAAUGACUCGCCCCUACAAGAGAGGACGCCCCUGUGGUGACUGCCCCAACGCCUGCGACAACAAACUGUGCACCAACCCCUGUCCCUACAUUGAUAAGUACAAUAACUGUCCAGAGCUGAAGCAGCAGUGGGGCUGCAGCAACAGAGAUACAUCCAGAGAGGAAACCCAUCCCCGUGAGCUCACGAUGGGGGUGUUCACCAUCCAGGCCCCAGUCUUCUGCUCUGUCAUUGGCCACCACGAAAUCUGCACCAGUUUAAAACCAGACACCACUUUCUUCCCUCCCUUCACACUACGCAACCCUUAA